AUGCCCUCAUCAGUUGCCAGCGACGACAUAAUCGACGACGACGGCUUUAUCGUUGACAUUGACGCGAUCCAAGCACAUGGCAUCGGUGCUGUCGAUAUUGCGAAGCUCAAGGCGAACGGCUACUACACAAUUGCUUCCGUGCAUUCAGCUACUCGUCGCAAUUUGCUGAAGAUCAAGGGAUUCAGUGAGAUCAAAGUCGACAAGGUCAAGGAUGCUAUCGGCAAAUGUCAGGUAGAGUACUGCACUCCUUCCGGAGGUGGCUUUCAGACUGCGCAUGAGCUUGGUCAGCAUCGGAAGCGCGUAAUCAAGAUCUCGACUGGCAGCAAGGCACUCGACGCUGUUCUCGGAGGUGGCUUCCAGACGAUGAGUAUCAGCGAAGUCUUUGGCGAGUUUCGUUGCGGAAAGACACAACUUUCGCAUACCAUGUCUGUCAUCACACAGCUACCCAAAGAUAUGGGUGGUGCAGAGGGCAAAGUUGCCUACAUUGGUACCUUUAGACCAGAGAGGAUAGCUCAGAUUGCAGAGCGAUUUGGUGUUGAUCCAGAGACUGCCCAAGACAACAUCACAUACGCUCGCGCAGUCAAUUCAGAGCACCAAAUGGAGCUUCUCAACAAAGUCGCCGAGUUCUUCGUCAGCAAUGAGUACCGGCUCCUGAUCAUCGACAGCAUCAUGGCCCUCUUCCGUGUCGACUAUACUGGCCGUGGCGAGCUCAACGAGCGUCAACAAAAACUCAAUCAGUUCCUCUCAAAACUGACGCACGUUGCUGAAGCAGAAUUCAACGUCGCCGUGCUUCUGACAAAUCAAGUCCAAAGUGAUCCAGGAGCAAGCGCUCUGUUCGCUGGUGCUGAUGGCCGCAAGCCGAUUGGUGGUCACAUUCUCGCCCAUGCUUCUGCUACGAGAAUCCUACUUCGUAAGGGCCGAGGCGAGGAGCGUGUCGCAAAGAUACAGGACUCUCCGGACAUGCCAGAGAAGGAAGCAACGUAUAUCAUCACGAACGGAGGUAUCAACGAUCCGGAGAAGGUAUAA